AAAAAAGUGUCGGGCAAAGGUCAUUCGAAAAAUCCACAUUUAACUGAUAGCAAUUGGUGACUUAGUUGUAAAUAUGAUAAAAGUAGACACAUUGUUAAUGAAAAAGCUUUAUAAUGGAUGGCGGCAUUUCGUAUAUAAGCACUGAGUCGAUAAGACUGCCAAACAGUCGUCGGCCAACACUGAAAGCGUUCACUGCUCUUAUUAUUGGUGCUAGCAUCUCUGAGCAUCCGAAGUAUUUAUAGUGAAAUCAUAUAUAUAUAUAUAGAAGCACAUAUUUGCAGAAUUAAUUGUUUAGAUUAUUGCCAAACAAACGUCUUAACAAAGCAGCUAAACAAAAUGAGCAAAGCUGAGUGGGAAAAUAAUGAGGAAAUUCAAAUAUUCCGUGAAUAUCUACGUAUACCCACGGUACACCCAAAUAUAGAUUACACCGACUGCGUGGCGUUCCUGAAACGUCAGGCUGCCAGCCUGGAUCUGCCUGUGGAUGUCGUUUAUCCUGUUAACGAAGAGAAUCCCGUUGUGAUAAUGAAAUGGGUGGGCACACAGCCAGAGCUGCCUUCCAUCAUCUUGAACUCGCACACAGAUGUUGUGCCCGUGUUUCCGGAGAAGUGGUCUCAUGAUCCUUUCAGUGCUGAUAUCGAUGACGAAGGUCGCAUUUAUGCGCGAGGCUCGCAGGACAUGAAGUGUGUUGGCACUCAAUAUCUGGCAGCCAUUCGCGCACUCAAGGCCAAGGGCUACCAGCCGAAGCGUACUUUCUACUUGACCUUUGUGCCCGAUGAGGAGAAUGGCGGAUUUUUUGGCAUGCGCGAAUUUAUUAAGGGCGAUUACUUCAAGUCUCUGAACGUGGGCCUCAGCUUAGACGAGGGCUCUUCCACUUUGGAUGAUUCCUAUUACGUUUACUACGCAGAGCGUACCGGAUGGCAGAUUAGAUUUAAGAUCAGCGGACAAGCUGGCCAUGGUUCCAUAUUGUUGCCCAACACCGCCGGCGAAAAGCUCAACUAUAUUGUGGGCAAAAUGAUGGGAUUCCGUGCGUCCCAGGUCCAGAAGCUGAAAGAUGAUCCAAAACUUUUCUUCGGCGACGUGACCACUGUGAAUCUAACAGUAGUGACAGGUGGCGUGCAACGCAAUGUGGUUCCUCCCAUGCUCGAGGUGGUCUUCGAUUUACGCAUUGCUAUCGACGUCGAUCUGGUUGCCUUCGAGAAGCAGAUAAACGACUGGUGCGAAGAGGCAGGUGGUGGCAUUGAGAUCAUAUUCGAGCAGCAAGACGAAUACGUGCCUCCAACCAAGGUAGACGACUCGAAUCCCUUCUGGACAGCAUUCGAGAAUUCCUUAAAGGAACUCGACGUCAAAUACCAUACAUAUGUCUGUCCCGGCAAUACGGACAGCCGAUUUCUGCGUUCUCAAGGAAUUCCCGCCUUCGGUUUCUCGCCCAUGAAAAAUACCCCCAUUUUGCUCCAUGAUCACGAUGAGUACUUGGGCGCAGAUACGUAUUUGGAAGGCAUUAAGGUUUAUACAAAGAUCUUGGCAGCUGUCGGCAAUGUUUAAGGCCAUUCAAUACAUUCUUUUAAAUUUUAUUUACAAUAAAAAAUAUUUAUAUAUAACUCGAAAGAAAAAAAUAUGUUC